AUGUUCCCGUCUCGACCCUCGAUACAGGUCAUCUCUCGCGCGCAGCUUCCACUCCUCGAGACCGGCCUGCCAUGGUAUCUAACCAUCCCGCUGGGUGCUACCCUGAUCCGAACGUGCUGGGUGCCCAUCCAGUAUUUGACACAAAGAGCACGGAGACCCAGAGAGACCGCGAUGCAGCUUACAUCUGCCUGGCGAAAUGCAUAUCAAGAAACAGCAAGGAUCAAGUUCCCCCGGGGCAAGGAAGCAGAUGCGAAGAAAGCAGAAGCCUGGGUGGUCGAACAGUUGAAAGCUAGAAGGACAGCCAUACAAAAGCACAACAAGUAUCUACCGAGCUGGGUCGAGCCUGUACUGGCCAUUUCGUUUAUACCCUUGUGGGUCCUGAGCAUGAAUUGCAUCAGACGCAUGGCGGGCGAUGAGAGAGAUAUCGUCUCACUCAUCUACAAUUUCUUCGGGAGGGCCACCGCCGACAUCGACGCAGGCCUCGGACAAAUCGAGCCGGGCUUCGAUACUGAAUCUCUGUUCUGGAUCCCUAGUCUUGUUUCCGGAGAUCCGCUAUAUAUCCUCCCGAUUGCUUAUGGUACUUUGUCCACCUUUAGUGUGUGGUUGAGGGUGAGGGAAGCCCUCCGACGACCAUCACCUGUCUCGGUCGACUCGAAAGAAGAACGGUGGGCACGGUUUUCUAAGACCCUCAGCUACGGUCUGCUUGCAAUGCCCGCCUUUUUUACUUUUGCCAUAAUCCGCACCGAUAUGGCCACAGCGCUUGUGCUUUACCUCAUCACUAUCACAGGCACUCAACUGGUGCAGCGGCCUUUGCUUGCCCGCUUGCUUGGGACCAACAGGCGUGUGCCUCCUUUGAGGGCAAGGAUGGCGAAGCUAAAGGGUGAGAAGGAAGACUAG